GGCGGCGGGCGGCAGUUUGUCUUGGCUCCUCGGCGGCUUCGCGCGAGCCCUCACGCUCGGCGCCCGCUGGCUCCUCCGCAGCCCGGCGGUCAGGCCAUGGCGUGGCCGCGGCGGGCUACGGCCGGGAUCCGAGCCCGCGGCGCGCUGGCGCUGCUGGCCUUGGCCUGGUGCGCGCCGGGGGCCCAGAGCCGAGCGCUCGAGUGGUACUCGGCGGUGGUGGGCCUCGAGUACGUGGACCCGCAGACGAACCUGACGGUGCGCAGCGUCUCGGAGAGCGGCCGCUUCGGCGACAGCUCGCCCCAGGAGGACGCGCAGGGCCUGGUGGGCGUCCCGCUGGCGCCGGGAGGAGACCCCGAGGGCUGCGCGCCAGGCACGCGCUUCUUGGUGCCCACGCCUCGCGGCCAGGGCCCGGCGCCGUGGGUCGCCCUGGUGGCGCGGGGGGGCUGCACCUUCAAGGAGAAGGUGCUGGCGGCGGCGCGGAGGAACGCCUCGGCGGUGGUGGUGUACAACGAGGAGCGCUACGGGAACCUCACGGCGGCCAUGUCCCACGCUGGAACAGGAAGUAUAGUGGUCAUUAUGGUUAGCUAUCUAAAAGGAAGAGAAAUUUUAGAUGUGGUACAAAAAGGAAUUCCAGUAAAAGUGACCAUAGGGAUUGGCACCCGUCAUAUGCAGGAGUUCAUCAGCGGUCAGUCUGUGGUGUUUGUGGCCAUUGCCUUCAUCACUAUGAUGAUUAUCUCCUUAGCCUGGCUAAUAUUUUACUAUAUACAACGUUUCCUGUAUACUGGCUCGCAGUUUGGAAGUCAGAGCCAUAGAAAGGAAACUAAGAAAGUUAUUGGCCAGCUUCUACUUCAUACUGUAAAGCAUGGAGAAAAGGGAAUUGAUGUUGAUGCCGAGAAUUGUGCAGUGUGUAUUGAAAAUUUUAAAGUAAAGGACGUUAUCAGAAUUCUGCCAUGCAAGCAUAUUUUUCAUAGAAUAUGCAUUGACCCAUGGCUUUUGGAUCACCGAACAUGUCCAAUGUGUAAACUUGAUGUCAUCAAAGCCCUGGGAUAUUGGGGAGCAGAACCUGAGGAUGUUCAGGAGCUGCCCACUCCUGAGUCUACCCCUGGAAGCACUUCGCCUGGGAAUGUGAGUGUAGCUUCACAAGAGGAGGGCAGAAACAGUGGCAGUGGCAGCAACCUGCCAUCCUCAUCCACUAAUGAGUCUGGGCCACAGUGCCCUACCACUUUCAAAGAAGAUGCAGGGGAAAACACAGCAUUACUUGAAGCCGGCAGGAGCGACCCUCAGCGUGGAGGACCCAUCUCCUAGCGCACAUCCCUCACAGACACAUGGCUUGAACUAAAGAGGACAUUUUAUUUUUUUUUUAUUUUAGCACAUAGUUUAUAUACUUGAAAAUAAUGUACAUUUUACCUUUCAGAUUCAGAUUUUAUAUAUAGAAGGCUAAGAUAUUUUACUCUUAAGGAGACUUUUUGAUUCGUCUUCAUAUAUUUAUCUACAAGAAUACAGUGUUUAUGAUAAAUUGUUUUGGACUAUCAGAGAUGAUGCCUAGGGAAGGCAUGCUAAUGUGUAAGGGGGGUGUUUCUAAACACUACACUAGCUACUACAGUACUGUAAACAAAGUUAAUUUUAUUUCUCAAGCUUUUUAGACAAAGCACACCAAUUUUAGAUUAGUUGAAGUGGAAUUGUGUGAUUAAAUUCAGUAAUUGAUCACAUGGGCUUUCUCUGAAGGAAAAACUUACAGAACUUACUUUACACUUAAAAGAUGAGAAAUAUCUAGCUUUCUUGCACAUUUUUCAUUGUACAUAGAGAUUUCAGAACUUAAGAAAGCGAUUUCCAUUGUUGUCGGGAAUUAUGAGAAAAGCGUUAGAUGACUUUAGGAAUUGCAUUUUCCCCUUUAGUACGAACUACUUGUGACAUCUUAAUGGAGGGAAGUUUGUCCACCUUUCCUACAAAUAAAAAGUUAAGACUUUAUAUUUCAUAUAAGCAUUAAGUUAUUUGCUGCUUGAUUAUGGAAAUCGAAUAGAUGUACUAUUAUUCAUUUUUAUAAUGAUGAAUAUAUUUGUAUUGGUUCUAAUUGUAAUUUAAUCUUUACAAUUAAAAGAAUGAUAGUUGAAGAAUUUUGAUAUUUGUUGUUGGAAUAAAAUAACUAGUUUUCUUGAUUAGUUUUUAAGCAAGCCCUUGAUUAACCUCAACUCUCCCCCAACCCCCGCCACACCCACACACAAACACACUUUUUUUAAACUAUUAUUUAAUGUUCUCUUUGGUCAAAUGUAAAACUUUUGGAGAUUGCUGUUUAUAAAGUGAUCAAACACAACUCUUUGUUCUUUUCUCACUUCUUGGAGGUGGAAAUCAAGGACUAUGUAGCAGUUAUUUCUUUUAAAAUGUAGAUUAUAUAGACCUUUGUUACUUUUACUUUGUUUAUUGAGGAAAAUAUGAUUAAAAAAAUAAUUUAUCUUAUAGCUAUAUCUUGAAUAUUAGGGUUUAUGAAGCUUAUUUUUUCUCCAGCUAUGUACUAUGUAUACAAACUGAGUCUAGCUACUCAGUAAAAUAUUUGAUGAAUUGUUUUACUGAAAUAAAUUGUACAGCCAGAUUUGAUACAAGGAGUAUUGAAAUAGAAAAUUUGUCUUGCUUUGAGCACUUGUUUUCUUAGGUAGCCUCAAAGUUAGUUUCCAUAACAACUGUUAUCUUGAAAUCUACCUUUUGUGUUCACUGCAAAUAGGAAAAUGCAUUCUUGAUUCUGUACCAAGUAGCUGCCUUUCAAGAGACAUGUAAAAAAAAGUGCUUUCGUAAUUCUUUUGGUAGCUAAUGAAAUUGUCUCAGAACACUGGGACAGACCAAGGUUAAUUAUUUUUUGUUAAUUAUAGAAGUGUAACUUCUUAAUCAGCAGACAUCAAAAUAGCUUCCCUCAACUCUUAACCAGAAUCUUUAUGGAAACUUUUAAAUUUAAUAAAAUGCUGGGGAUUUGGGGACUCUAGAUGAAGAUUACACUAAAUGAGAUUUAGUUAUUUUCCUCCUAAAAAUUGUCAUAAAAGCCAUUUGUUCACAUCAUGUGGAACAGUGUUUUUUUAACUUUGAAAAUCAUAGGAAUGGUGUGAAGGAAACUGAAUCCGUGACACUGAAGUACAUGGUGGUUCCCUGCCUGCCUGGCCUCUUCACUCCCUGGGGUGUGAUUGGCAUUCUGACUUUCCCAGCAGAAAACCUCAGAGGGCCAGAGAGGUGUGAGGAAUGGUCAUUUGGCAGGUGAUAUGAAGAUAUUAAAACUUAAAAAGAUCCUGA